AUGAGAAAGAAACUUCUAGAAGCUCAGGAAGAAGUGAAAAGUGCUCGAGAAAUGGCAGACAAGGCCAAAUGCGAACUUCUCUCACUAGAAUUCAAGAGGGGCAACAUGUCACAGGAGCUUGGGAGGCUCAACAAUGAUGUCUCUAGGAGGAAGACACAAGUGACUGCCCUUGAAACAGAAAUCCAGGUUAAGGCUGAGGAAACCAAGAAUAUGUGGAGUUUAGGGGUCACUAGGGAAGAUUGCCUGGAGAUCAAAGCAAUCAAAGAAGAAAAUGUAUCUUUAAAAUCUAAGCUAAGGAAUGUGGAGGGUCUUCAGCUUGAGCGGGAUGAGUUGGUCCGGCAGAUGGAAGCGGCCAAAGAAGAUUUGUUUCGUGAACAGAAGCAUGGCCGUGCCAGGAUGGAGGAGUUACAAGAGGAGAUGGAUAAUCUGGCCGGUAAACUGGAAGAGACAGAGAGUAACUGGAGCCUAGACCAAGCUCAGCUGGCGAAGCUGGAAGCUGCAGUCAAGAAGAUUGAGAAGGAGAAGAACGAACUGUUGCAGGAAAAGGCUAAACAGUGUGAGGAGCUGAAGGUGUCCUUAAAGGAAGAGAACCUGAAGUCCCAGAAUCGUCUCAAGAAAGAGCUGACUGACCUUGACACGGAAGUGCAAGAAUUGAAAGCCAAGGUGAAUAACCUUCAACUGGAGAAUAUCAUGAAGGAUGGCCUCACAGAUAAACUGAGGUCAGAGAUUAAUGAAAUGGGUGCCAUCAUUGACAGGGAAAGGCAAGAGAAGCAAAGGAUGUCAUCCGAGCAGAAGAAAGUCUUGGAGAACCUCAAGAAAGAAACGGGAUCGGCGGUGCUCAGGCUGAGGGAAUCCAUGUCCUUGGAGAAUCAGAGAGCUCUGGAGGAGCUUAAGAAGCAGCUGGAGGAAGAAAAGCGAGAAGCUGCAGCCAGGAGUGACCAGCGACUGAUGCACAUUCUUGACAAGCAUACCUACCAGAUAGAGGCCAAGAAUGCAGAGAUUGCCAGGCUGGAAGAUGUCAUCACCAGACUUGAGAGCAGCCGGCAGAUGGAGCUCCAUGAACAAAUCAUUGAUGCUGUACAAAGAGAGAGGGAGAAAAUAGAACGAGAGAAAGAUUUGCAGUUUAGGGAAGAGAAAGAAGAAGAAAAACGACGUAACAAUGACCUGUUGGCAACCAUUGACAGGGAGAAACAAUCAAACAGGGACUUGAUGAGGGAGAUAACUGGCCUGAAGAAGGUGACAUAUUUGUGUGUAAAUAUACAAGAAUUAUAUUUCUUAUGCCUGACUUGGGUACUAAGUAAUUUCCUGGGAAAUAAAGGCAUCCGGUGUGACAGUGACAAUAUCACUCUAUAA